AUGGCGCUCGCCGCAGAACUAGCAUCAGUGGAGCGAGGCGCCGCUGCAGCGGCCGCCGCCGCCUCGUCCGCCGUCGCGGAGAUGCGCCUGGUGGCCGACACUGCGGGCGAGGUUGCGACGCUGCGAGAGGAGGUCCUCGAGCACCGGCGGUCCCUGGCGGACGCGGCGGCGCGGGAGGAGAGGCUUGUCGGACAGCUCCACUCGUUGGGAGGGCGGGCACACCAUCCUCCACACGACACCGGUGGGUGCGGCGCGAUCGUCGCUGCCGCGGCGGCGAGGGUCUACGGCGAAGCUGCGCGCGCGGGAGGGGCGGCUGGCCGGGCGGAGGGCGGCGGAGGCGCGGCUGAGGCGGAGGAGGGGGGUGCGACGUCGCUGCACCGGGUGGAGGAGGAGGUGGCGCGGUGCGGGGGAGGGGCGGGGCAGGCGGGAGGCGCUGGCGGAGGAGCAGAAGGGGGGCGUGGCACCGCCGACUCGUUGGGGUGUUUUGCGGCGGCCGCUGCGACAGCGGGGCCAGAUGGCCGCGUUCGGGGGCACGGCGAGGAGCCGUCGGACGUGGCGCCGCCGCUUCACCUCCGCGCCGCCGCGCAGGGGCGUCUGGCAGCGGCCGUCGGCGCACCGUCGCCGCACGCUGCGCUGCAGGAGUCGCGCGACCGGCGCGUGCACAGCAGCCAGGCAAAGAUCUCUGUCGACGUCGUCGGCUCGUGGGCGUGCGGCCCGAAUGGCGACGCGUCUGCAGAGGAAGGCUCCGAGACGGUUCCGAGACGGUUCCGAGAAGGCGACGCCUCGGAAGGGUGCGUCGGUGGCGGAGGCGGGCCGCUGAAGCCCGCCUCGGGUGCCGAUGCUUCGCUCCCGCACUCCGCCGCCGCCGCUUCUGCCGCCGCCCCCCCUUCUGCCCUCGAGUUCGACGAGCCGCGAAACAGCGGAUGGACUCGAGUUGCGACGCCUGCUGCGUCCGGUGGCGGCUUCCUCUACGUCAACAACGAGACGGGGGCGGCGCAGGUGACGCCGCCGCCGCGCCGACCGCCGCCGAGCGGCGAGCACGCCGUCCGAAUCGUCCGUCGGCUGAUGCAGUCCGACGAGCUGGCGGUGCUGCUGGGCGCCGCCAGCGACGCGUUCUACCGCUGGCGGCGCGUCGCCCUCACCGCGCCGCCCCUCGCGCCGCCCCUCGCGCCGCCCUCUGCGCCUCGAGGCUCUCCUCCUCCUCCGGGCCGGGCAG